GUGGGUUUUCUUUCCCCGGCUGACUCUGGCGCCCGCAGGGGCCCGCGACCCUCCGCCAUGAAGGAGACGCCACUCUCAAACUGCGAGCGCCGCUUUCUCCUCCGCGCCAUCGCAGAGAAGAAGCGACUGGAUGGCAGACAAACCUAUGACUAUAGGAACAUCAAGAUCUCAUUCGGAACAGAUUAUGGGUGCUGUAUUGUGGAACUUGGGAAGACAAGAGUUCUUGGACAGGUUUCCUGUGAACUUGUUUCUCCAAAACUCAAUAGGGCAACAGAAGGUAUUCUUUUUUUUAACCUUGAACUCUCUCAGAUGGCUGCCCCAGCAUUUGAACCUGGCAGGCAGUCAGAUCUCUUGGUGAAGUUGAAUCGACUCUUGGAAAGAUGUCUGAGAAAUUCAAAGUGUAUAGACACUGAAUCUCUCUGUGUUGUUGCUGGUGAAAAGGUUUGGCAAAUACGUGUGGACCUACAUUUAUUAAAUCAUGAUGGAAACAUUAUUGAUGCUGCAAGCAUUGCUGCAAUUGUGGCCUUAUGUCACUUCCGAAGACCUGAUGUCUCUGUUCAAGGAGAUGAAGUAACACUGUAUACACCUGAAGAGCGUGAUCCUGUACCAUUAAGUAUCCACCACAUGCCUAUUUGUGUCAGUUUUGCCUUUUUCCAGCAAGGAACAUACUUAUUGGUGGAUCCCAAUGAACGAGAAGAACAUGUAAUGGAUGGCUUGCUGGUGAUUGCCAUGAACAAACAUCGAGAGAUUUGUACCAUCCAAUCCAGUGGUGGAAUAAUGCUACUAAAAGAUCAAGUUUUGAGAUGCAGUAAAAUAGCUGGUGUGAAAGUAGCAGAAAUUACAGAGCUCAUACAGAAAGCUUUGGAAAAUGACCAGAAAGUUAGGAAAGAAGGUGGAAAGUUUGGCUUUGCAGAAUCUAUAGCAAAUCAAAGGAUCACAGCAUUUAAAAUGGAAAAGGCCCCUAUUGAUACCUCAGAUGUAGAGGAAAAAGCAGAAGAAAUCAUUGCUGAAGCAGAACCUCCUUCAGAAGUUGUUUCUAAGCCUGUGCUGUGGACUCCUGGAACUGCCCAAAUUGGAGAGGGAGUAGAAAACUCCUGGGGUGAUCUUGAAGACUCUGAGAAGGAAGAUGAGGAUGAAGGUGGCAGUGAUGAAGCUAUCAUUCUGGAUAGUAUAAAAAUGGACACUGGAGUAGACAUCUCUGAUAUUGGAAGCCAAGAGGUGAGCUCUCACUAUGUUGCUCAGGUUGGUCUCAAACCCCUGAGCUCAGAUGCCCCUAUAGUACUCUCCGAUAGUGAAGAGGAAGAAAUGAUCAUUUUAGAACCAGACAAGAAUCCAAAGAAAAUAAGAACACACACCAUCAGUGCAAAACAAGAAAAGGCACCAAGUAAAAAGCCAGUGAAAAAAAGAAAAAAGAAGAGAGCUGCUAAUUAAAAUGGACAUGGUUGUAUAUUUGUAUAUAUAGCUAUUAAAAGGAUAUUUAUUCAGUUUA